AUGGCAGCAGCUUUAAGUAACAGUGAGUUCAAACUCAUUGGCCCAAGUGGUAGAGAAGAACAGCCUCGUUCUGCUGUUACUCUUUCGUGUCACCUGUCUCCUGAACUCAGUGCUGUUGGGAUGGAGAUCAGGUGGUUUAAGGGGACGGACUGUGUUUGUCUCUAUAAGAACAGACAGGUAACAGAGGGGAGGAGCUACGAGGACAGAGUGAGUCUGAUCACUCAGGAGCUGCAGAGAGGAAACGUCUCCUUACAGAUCAGAAGUUGCAGACGCUCAGAUAGAGGAGAUUACCUGUGUCAGUCUUUCAGUGCUGCUGACCAGGCAAUCCGACUGGUAGGUUCCAGUCCGUACAUACUGGGAUCUUCCGGACAGGUAAUCCAAGGCCCAGACAUUCCAUGGUAUCUCAGGAGGGAAUAUAAAAAAGUCAUCGUUACUCAGGAGAGCAGAAAAUGGACAGAAGAGGAGAGAAUAAAAAUGGAGGAAUCUGCUCUGCUGACUGGAUUAAACAACUUAAUGGUUAAUAGAAAGGCCAUAGAGGAGAAGAAUCAGAAGAAUGAUGCGCUGAGAGAGAAAGAGAGUGAACUACAGGAGAUGAUGAUCCUGCUGGAGCAACAGAAAACUGAACUGAGAGAAAAAGAUAAACAGCUUGAGGAGCAGCAGAGACUUCUAAGAGAGAGAUACACACAGCUAAUAAAGAGAGAGAAGCAGAUGCAGGAAAAAGACAGACUUCUAGAGGAGGGAAACAAGAGAAAAACAGAUCCAGACCCAUCAGCUCCAGUUAGAAGAAGAAACAGCAUGGGGUUGGAGCCUUCAAACAUGAGUGGAGAGACUCCAGAUUCAGCAGCAUCACUCAGGAGAAGAAGCAGUCUGGAGGACCUUUCUCCAACAAUGAGUGGAGAACGGUGUAGUGCAGUCUCUCCAGCAUCAGGUCCUGCAGCAGAACUCAGACUGGUGCUGCUGGGGAGGACUGGAUGUGGGAAGAGUGCAGCAGGAAACUCCAUCCUGGGCAGAGAGGAGAGGAGCCAGGCUGGAGCUUCUACAGUGAGGCAGCAGAGUGAGAGCAGACAGGGGGAGGUGGCUGGGAGGCAGGUGACUGUGGUGGAAACUCCUGACUGCUUCUGUCCUGGACUCUCUCUGGAGGAGCUGAGACAGAACGUGGAGCGCUGUGUCCGUCUGUCUGCUCCAGGACCACACGCCUUCCUCCUAGUCCUACCAGUGAAGCAGUCUACAGGAGAGGAGAGAGGGAUGCUGGAGAAAAUGGAGGAGAUGUUUGGAGAGAGAUGUUGGAGGAACACCAUGAUCCUCUUCACUGUUACUGAUGAAGUUCAGGAGAAGAACAUUGAAGAGUUUAUCCAAUCAGGACACCAGGAGGUCCAGAGACUUGUGGAGAAAUGUGGGAACAGGUUUCACUGUCUCAACAUUAAGGAGAGUGGAGAUGGUUCUCAGAUCUCAGAGCUGCUGGAGAAGAUGGAGAAGAUGGUGGAAGAAAACAGAGAGAAAUUCUACAGCAGUAAGAUCUACCUGGAGACACAGUCUCAGAUCAGAGCAAUGGAGACAAAGAUCAUCAGAGAAAGAGAAGAGAAGAGGAUGAUGGAAGAGAGAGAGAUCAAAGAAAAACUACAAAAUAAGAUGAAAAACUCUCUGAGAAAGAUAGAGGGAACUGUACAAGAACACGAAGGAGAGAUAAAGCUUAACAACCGAACAACACAACUAGAAAGAAGGAUGAAAGAAGAGAGGGAUGAAGAGAAAAAGAGAGAACUGGAACGAGAGCUAGAAAGAGAGUUAGAGAGAAGAACAAAGAUGGAGGAAAAGUUAAAGAGACUAAAGAGAGAGAUGGAGAAGAAACACAGACAGGAGAUGGAGGAGAUCAGGGAGAUGUAUAAAGGAGAAUUCAGAAUUGAGGCGAAGGUAAACCCGAAGAAUUUUGUAUUUGAAAAAGAAUAUCAGGGAAAAGAAGAGUAUAGAGGAGUGCUGAAGAAGUGGCUCUUCACAAAACAGGAUCAGGGUGUAAAAUCAGAAGAGGAGCUUUCUGGAGACUCUAAGUCAAAACCAUCAUACACUGAUGCUGCAGAACUGCUCUCAGCAGAUACUAAACUGUUCAUUCCUGAAGAGACUGAAGUCACUUCAGGGGAUGGGACCACCAUCUGUUACAGGUUUCAUUGCCCUCAUGCUGGUCUGUUUCAGUGUAAAAUUACCAGCCUUGUGUUUGAGAUGAAGGAGAAAGGGGAGGUGCUGUACAGAAUUGUCUCCUGGGAUGCUCGUCUCCUGGAUGGAUUAGGUCAGAUGCAGCCUGCAGGACCUCUGUAUGAUAUUGACUGCAAAGGAUUAAUUAGUCAUUUGUAUCUUCCACACUGUGAGAUACUUUCAGAUGAAAAUCAGCAAACUGUGGCACAUUUCACUGCUGGUAAUGUAGAGAUCAUUCCACCCCUCAGAGUGACGACCACUCAUGUGAUCAUACGCAUCCAAGCACUUUCUCUCUUUGGCCUUUUAAGAAAUCUAUUCUCAGCUAAUCCCAUCAGUGGCCAAGUAUUACUCUUUCAUAAAAAACUGUCUGUCAGACAAAGAAUGAGUAAACUAAACAUCCACCUGUUGCCAAGGAAUGUGCCAGUUGAAGAGGUGAUGAAAAAACAUCCGUCCAGCAAAUACAUUGACACCAGCUCUAAAUGUCAAUUGACCCCUGGUAGAAAAUACAGGCCUUCCUGUGACCCUUAUGUAUCUCAGCCAGAGGAUGAGACAUUUGAGUGUGACUAUGGUCCCAACUAUCACCCUACAUUUGAGGUGUUCAUAGACAUUGAUGCUGAGGAUGCCAAAAUAGGGCUGCUGGAUGAAGAUGAGCAGGAGGUGUGGAAGCCCCGGCUGGUCUUUCUUACAGAUAUUAGUACACAAGAAGUCAAACUCCAGACAGAAGCAGAAUGGGUUGCAUUUGUGGAUGAUCACAGGGAACAGCUCAUUCAGAGAGUUUCCUCUGUGAUGGAGAUACUGGACUGUUUAGAAAAGCAAAAAAUGAUCAGCAAGGAAAUGUACGAUAACAUCAAAGUUACAAAACCACCUCAGGAACAAAUGAGGAUGUUGUACAAUGUGCUUCAUUCGGGAGGACGAGCUGUGAAGGUGGAAUUCUACAAAAUCCUUAAGAAGAAGCAGCAGCUCCUUGUGGAUGAACUGGAGGCUGGACCCAGCCAGGCUUAGAGGAUAUCGUCGCUGUCCAAAAAUUUUUUUGGUCGAUUUUUAGUUUACUACAUAAUUUGAACAGACAAACUGUCCCUUAUACUGUGCCUAAAUUUCUUGAUAAACGGACCAAUAGAAACUCUUUAAAAUGACCUGAAAUAAACUCUUUUUACAUUGAC